AUGAAAAAAGAAUAUUUAUAUAGUUUUAAAGAAUUUAAAACUUUAUUUUUUAAUAGAAUAGGAUUGGAGGAAUUGGAUGAAAUCAAAUUUAAAGAUUUGACUCGAUUGAUGGAAGCAUUUUCAAAGAGUGUAUCAUUUAACAACUUUGAUGUAUACCAAAAAAAGGAACAAAAAUGGGAUAGAGAUUAUUUAAUCGAGAGAAUAUUGGUCGAUGGUAGAGGUGGAAUGUGUUAUCAAUUACAUACGGUAUUGUAUCACUUGCUAAAGGAAAGUGGAAUGGAUAUUUCCUUGUGCAGAGGUAGAUGUGCUGUUUUAGGUCAAUUGAUCAAUGCAACACAUGUUACACUUGUACUACAUCACCAAGGUAACCAAUAUUAUAUGGAAGUGUCUGGUGGUGCAUUUGUACCUCAACAACCCCUGUUGCUUCAGAAUAGUCGAGGUGAUGACCAAUACUCGGUCAAUAAAUAUGGUUGCAAGUUUAGAGUUUACAAGUGUGAAACUGCUGCUGCUGCUGAAUAUGGAAGGCAACUAUCUUGGUGUCAUGCCCCAAGAAGAUGGACAUUUGGCCAUUGUAGAUGGUUCAAAACGAUGCUUUACCCUUUCCAAUUGUCAGUUUUGGCAACCCCGAAUUGA